AUGAAUAGUUCCAAAGUGACCCCGCUCGGAACAAAAGUUAAUAAUUUGGUUCACCCGAAAUACGAUGUACUACAACGAUUAAAGUUUGUCUCUGGUUUGCAAUUUUUCAUCGGCAUUAAUCGAUUGUACUUAUUCGUCAACCACAGAUAUAAAAUUCGCAUAAGCUAUGUCUACUCACUCACAGUGGUUGUUCUCAUCCUCUUUGUCAUCAUACGAUGCGAAAUGAAAACCGCAACUUACCUCGUGUUUAGGAACACGUCAAUAAUAGAAUAUACUCUCCUCUCGCUAAAUUCGAUUCUUCUAUACAAUAAGACGCUGAAGAAGUUCUUCGAUAGAAUGGAAGCAUUCGACGAUUUGCUGAACAUAAAGAACAACGCCGUUCUCACUUUUCACUCUGGUUAUCUUCUUGUCUUCUGCUUUAUCUUUGUAAUGUAUAUAGUGCUCGAGAUGAUAUACCUACAAAGAAUUGAAACCGUGGUAGGAGUAGAAUUAGUACCAUACACGUAUUUGACGAUCUAUUUUACGUUCUUAGCGCACGAUACUGAGAUUUUUUUCUUCUGCGUCUUGCUUAUAAUGGUUAUGAGGAGGUUGAAGGUGAUAAAGGGGCACGUGGCGAAAAUGUUCCUGGGUAAACAGAAGAAGGAGAGCAAAAAACUGGCGGCGCUAUCGUACAAUGCGAACCUGGACGUCAGUGACUUGCAUAGAGCGUACGAUACGCUCCACACGUGCUCUGAAAAACUCAAUUCUGCUAUGAAUUUUCCGGUAAGUCUUUUAUGA